AUGAUGAAUAGCAAUGGAUUAAUUAAUGGGCAUAAAAUGAAUACUGUGAAUAAUAGAAAUAGUAUAUAUCACCAUCAUAAUACAAAUCAAAAUGGUUUAAGCACAAAUGGUAUGAAUCAAAGUAAUUUAAGUCAGAAUAAUUUUAAUCAAAACAAUUUUAGCCAAAGUAAUAUUAGUCAAAAUAAUUUCAAUCAAAAUAAUAUAAAUCAUAAUAUGGUAGGAUAUACUAACAUGAAUCACAACAUUGUACAAAAUAAUUUAAAUCAUAAUAUGAAUAAUAUGAAUAUGAAUAAUAUGAAUAUAAAUAAUAUGAAUAUGAAUAAUAUAAAUAUAAAUAGUGUAAAAAAUAUGAAUAAUAUGAAUUUAAAUAAUGUAAAUAUUAAUAAUAAUAUUUCAAAUGAUCAUAAUAAUAUACCAAAUAAUAAUCAUUCCAAUAAUUUAUCUAGUGUUCGUAUUGGCUCAAAUGAAGAUGAUGAAAAAAAAAAAGUGUACCAGUUAGUGUUUGAUUUAUGUUUUUCGGAAAAAAGAGAAAAUGCUCUACUUGAAUUAUCAAGAAAAAGAGAAACAUAUCAAGAUAUCGCCCCUGUUUUAUGGAAUUCAUUUGGUACAAUAACAACAUUAUUACAGGAAAUUGUUUCUAUUUAUCCACAGCUAUCUCCUCCUUUAUUAACCACAUCUUCAUCAAAUAGAGUAUGCAAUUCUUUAGCUUUAUUACAAUGUGUUGCAUCUCAUCCAGAAACAAAGCAGCAUUUCUUAAAUGCCCAUAUUCCUUUAUUUUUAUAUCCAUUUUUGAAUGCAGAAUCAAAAAACAGACCAUUUGAAUAUUUGCGUCUAACAUCAUUAGGUGUUAUAGGUGCAUUAGUUAAAGUAGACAACCCAGAUGUUAUAAAUUUUUUGUUACAAACAGAGAUUAUUCCAUUAUGUUUACGAAUAAUGGAAACUGGAAGUGAGUUAUCUAAAACUGUUGCUACUUUUAUUGUUCAAAAAAUUCUUAUAGAUGAAUUAGGGUUAAAUUAUAUAUGUGCUACACCUGAGAGAUUUUAUGCUGUAUCUGCUGUUUUGUCUAAUAUGGUAAAUUCAUUAGUAGAAAAUCCCUCAUCAAGAUUACUUAAGCAUAUUGUCCGUUGUUAUUUAAGAUUAUCAGAAAAUCCUCGUGCAUUGGAAGCUUUAAAAUAUUGCCUGCCAGAACCAUUAAAACACGUUAAUAAAGCUUUUAUUCCAUGUUUAAAAGAAGAUCCCUAUACAAAAAAAUGGUUAUUACAAUUACUAUAUAAUAUUAAUAAUGAAGAAGAAAGUAUUUCUGUUCCUAAUAAUGUGAAUAACCAAAAUAUGAAUUUAAACAUAAUCAACAAUAAUUUAUCUCAAAAUAAUUACAACAAUUUAAACAUGAAUAUAAAUAUGAAUGAUAACAAUAAUAAUAGUAAUAAUAAUAAUAAUUCUUUUAAAGAGAAAAUAAAUAGCAAUAAUUCAAAUUCUAAUAACAAUAAUGUUAAUAACAAAGUUGUUAAUAAUAAUAAUAAUAAGCAUUCAUCAAAUAUUUCAAAUAAUCUUAAUUUAAAUAAUAAUUUAAUGAAUAUUCAUGAUAAUAAUAACCAAUAA